AUGGAAGCUGUUUCUUCGCCUGGGACUGAUGCGGAGAUGGAUAUGGGAGGGGCGGACAUUGAUGUUGACGCAACCUACACCUCCUACCAAGAAUCCGCCGACGCCCAAACCGACCGCGCAUCCUACGCCUCCUCCAGCAUCUGCUCCCUCGCCUCCUCCGCCACACGCUACCGCUAUGAAAAUGGACGCCGCUACCACGCCUGGCGCGACGGCACCUACUACGCGCCCAACGACGAAGGCGCGCAAUCCUACGAGCUGAUCGUGCACCACCUCUGGCUCCUCACGUUGCACGACAAGCUCUUCCUCGCGCCCAUCACUUCGCCCAAACGCAUCCUCGACGUGGGCACCGGCACGGGGCUGUGGGCCGUAGACAUCGCCGACCACUUCCCCGCCGCCGAGAUUACCGCGACCGACCUCAGCCCGAUCCUGUACACCGCCGCGCCGCCGAACCUCGUGUUUGAAAUCGACGAUGCCUGCAGCGAGUGGACGUAUCCGCCCGACCACUUCGACUUCAUCCACAUCCGCGGGCUAACUGGGUGCGUCAAGGACUGGCCGCACAUGUACGCGCAGGUCUACGCCCACCUCGCGCCCGGCGCGUGGUUCGAGCAGCUGGAAUUUGAAAUCCGCACGAAUGCCGACCCGGCGAGUGGGCGCCAUGCCGACCAGAUUGUCGCGGCGUUUAGCGAUAGUGUGAUUGAUGUGGGCGAGAGGCUGACCGGCAUGACGUUCAAGAUUGUCGAGCAGAUGGCGGCGCUGUUGCCGCAGGCCGGAUUUGUGGAUGUCCAUGAAGAGAGGUUUAUUUGGCCGAUUGGGGCGUGGCCGAAGGAUCCGCAUUUGAAGGAUUUGGGGAGGUGGGGAGAGAGGAAUUGGAGUGAGGGGAUUGAGGGGUGGGUCAUGGCGCUGUAUACGCGAUUACUUGGGUGGACGUACGCAGAAGUGCAAGCUUUUGUGAAGGAUUUUAGGAGCGUGAUCAAGAACCGUGGGAAUCAUUUCUAUCACGAGGUCAGGUGUGUUUAUGCGCGGAAACCAUUCCCGGGCGAGGUUGUGGAGAAGAGUGGGGAUGAUGGAGCGAGCGCUGAAGCAUAA